UUUUCGGCUUUUCCCGACCGUGAUAUUUCUCCGUCCAUACUUCGUCAGCUUCCCCGUGAAAGCAUUCGUUCCCGCUCCGCUUUCUUAUACACCCCCCCUUCUUACCCUCUCCCACACAAUGAAUAUGCUCUCGCUCUUCUUGCACGCCGCUUAAUAAAAUAUAAUCUUCGAGCGCCCAUACCUCCUCUCUGUUCCGUUGCUGCUUUUUUAUCACUCCCCUCGGAUCUCUCGCUUUUGGUCACGUGUUCACCUGAUUCGCCGUAUCUCGUGACACUCCCAGUAAAAUUAUAAAGGCGAAAAGGGUUUCCAAAUGGUGGUUUAGUUCACAUUCGCUCCUGAGAUCUCCUCCGCUUCUCUCGAUCUAUUUCGCCGUUACUAUCAUUGACAUCUUGGAGGAGCAUAAUCCAUGGCGGCUGCAGAUGAAAGAAAUGGUACAACCAAGUACAACAGUUCUAAAGUUCAACCGGUUGCACACCCUUUAGCAGAGGAAUCAUCAGAAAUUGCAUCUAAUAUUGCCUACCAUGCGAUCUAUACUCCUCAUUUCUCCCCUCUCAAGUUCGAUCCUGAGCAAGCCUUUUAUGCCACGGCAGAGAGCGUUCGAGACUACCUUAUUCAGAGGUGGAACGAGACGUAUCUCCACUUCCAUAAAGUUGACCCUAAGCAGACAUACUACUUGUCAAUGGAAUAUUUACAAGGGCGGGCUCUUACCAAUGCUAUUGGAAACCUCGGCAUUACAGAUGCAUAUGCUGAUGCUUUGAAGAAAUUCGGUCACGAACUCGAGGAAAUUGUGGAGCAGGAGAAAGAUGCGGCUUUGGGAAAUGGAGGCUUGGGUAGACUUGCAUCAUGCUUUUUGGAUUCAAUGGCAACAUUAAAUUUGCCUGCUUGGGGUUACGGCCUACGCUACAGGUAUGGUUUGUUCAAACAGCGCAUCUCCAAAGAGGGUCAAGAGGAAGUUGCUGAAGAUUGGCUUGAGAAGUUCAGUCCAUGGGAGAUUGUCAGGCAUGACAAAGUGUAUCCUAUAAGAUUCUUUGGCCAUGUUGAGGUCUCUCCCACUGGAUGUCGAAAUUGGGCUGGAGGAGAAAUAAUUCAGGCGCUGGCAUAUGAUGUACCAAUUCCUGGUUACAAAACAAAGAAUACUAUCAGUCUUCGCCUUUGGGAAGCAAAAGCUAGUGCUGAAGAUUUCAAUUUAUUUCAGUUUAAUGAUGGACAAUAUGAAUCUGCUGGUCAAUUGCACUCUAAAGCUCAGCAGAUAUGUGCAGUACUGUAUCCUGGUGAUGCUACAGAAAAUGGAAAGAUUCUUCGAUUAAAGCAGCAGUUUUUCCUCUGCAGCGCAUCAAUGCAGGACAUUAUUGCAAGGUUUAAGGAGAGGAGAGAUGGUAAAGGUGCAUUGCAGUGGACUGAAUUCCCCAGCAAGGUUGCUGUUCAACUUAAUGACACCCACCCAACUCUUGCAAUCCCGGAACUGAUGCGAUUACUGAUGGAUGAUGAGGGGCUUGGAUGGGAUGAAGCUUGGGAUGUGACAACAAGGACUAUUGCUUAUACCAAUCAUACAGUUCUCCCUGAAGCACUUGAGAAGUGGCCACAAGAUAUAAUGCGGAAACUUCUUCCACGUCAUAUGGAAAUUGUAGAAGAAAUUGAUAAACGGUUUAGGGAAAUGAUAUGCUCCAGCCGAAAAGACAUGGAGGGAAAGCUCCCUAAAAUUAGAAUCCUUGAUGACUCAAAUCCCCAGAAGCCUGUGGUGCGCAUGGCAAAUUUGUGCGUAGCAUCUUCUCAUACGGUUAAUGGAGUGGCGCAGUUGCACAGUGAUAUCUUGAAAUCAGAGUUAUUUGCAGAUUAUGUCUCUAUAUGGCCACAGAAAUUUCAGAAUAAAACUAAUGGCAUUACCCCUCGUCGAUGGCUCAGUUUCUGCAGCCCUGAGUUGAGCAACAUAAUCACCAAAUGGCUUAAAACUGAUGGGUGGGUCACUAAUCUCGACCUCCUCACUGGGCUUCGUCAAUUUGCUGGCAAUGAAGAACUUCACUCUGAAUGGGCUUUAGCAAAGAUGGCUAACAAACGUCGCCUGGCCCAAUAUGUAUUGCAAAUGACAGGUGUAACCAUUGACCCAAAUAGCCUCUUUGAUAUACAAGUCAAGCGCAUUCAUGAAUACAAGAGACAACUGCUGAACAUUUUGGGAGUUGUGUACAGAUACAAGAAAUUAAAGGAAAUGAACACAGAGGAGAGGCAGAAAAUAGUACCACGCACUGUAAUGAUCGGUGGAAAAGCAUUUGCUACAUAUACCAAUGCUAAAAGAAUAGUCAAGUUGGUGAAUGAUGUUGGUGCUGUUGUCAACAGUGACCCUGAAGUCAACAACUACUUGAAGGUUGUCUUCAUUCCGAACUAUAAUGUAUCUGUGGCUGAAAUGCUCAUUCCUGGUAGCGAGCUAUCGCAGCACAUAAGUACGGCAGGCAUGGAGGCAAGUGGGACUAGUAAUAUGAAAUUCUCUCUUAAUGGCUGUCUUAUAAUUGGCACUUUAGAUGGAGCAAAUGUUGAAAUUAGAGAAGAGAUUGGAGAGGAGAAUUUCUUCCUUUUUGGUGCCAAAGCAGAUGAAGUUCCAUCGCUGCGUACGGAGAGGGAAAAUGGACUGUUCAAACCAGAUCCACGUUUUGAAGAAGCUAAGCAGUUUAUAAGGAGCGGCGCAUUUGGCAGUUAUGACUACAACCCUCUUUUGGAUUCACUGGAAGGAAAUUCUGGCUAUGGGCGUGGUGAUUAUUUCCUCGUUGGUCAUGACUUCCCAAGCUAUAUAGAAGCACAGUCGAAGGUGGAUGAAGCAUACAAGGACAAAAAGAGAUGGUUGAAGAUGUCUAUCUUAAGCACUGCAGGAAGUGGCAAAUUCAGCAGCGACCGAACUAUCUCCCAGUAUGCCAAAGAGAUAUGGGAUAUAGAAGCCUGCCCAGUUCCAUAGCUCUCCGAAGUUGACGGCAAGUUAUUGUUUUUGCACUCAAAUUCAUCAGCGACUAGAACAGGCGGUGUAAUGCCAUGAAUAAAAGUCCUGCUUUUGUUAAUUGUAUGUUGGAGAAUAAUGAAACAAUCUGAAGAACCUCUCUUAAUUAGUAUUUCCACAUAAAUUUUGGUUCUGCUACGUUCUCCUUGACGUGCAGGUCAAGCGUUGCUGCUGCUGCUGAACUAUGUAUUAACAAGUAAGCAUAAACUAUGUAUUUCUUAUCAA